AAAAGUACAUACCUUCUGUUUCUCCACCUAAUGUUGUCACCUAUACAAACAAAGCCACCUAACCAUUUCUGGGUUAAUGUAUAAGAAAUGAAAAAAACACCAAAAGAAUUAGAAAAUCUAAAGUUUUGGCAAAAAGUGUGAAGGUUCGGUUUUUUUUUUUGACGACGUCCUCUCAAUGGCUGCGUCUUCCUCUUCAACUAAUGCUCGUCUCACCAACCCUCCUCACGUACUCUCCUCUCCACGACCGUCACCAACCUCCGUCACUAACCUCCGUCUUCCACCCGCUCGGUUCAAAUCAAAUCUCUUCUCCUCCGAACUCUCUUCCUUACAAAUCAGAAGUGUGCCGGUUCCGGUAGUAUUCUCCGAUCAACGAAGACGUAAAAGCAUGGAGCCAAUCAAUGUCUAUGUGGCUUCAGGCUCCAUGGAAACUGAGAUUGGAAGUGAAGAAAGUGCGAAAAAUCGGAGCUUGAUCUGUGCUCCGGUGAUGGCGGAUUCAGUAGAUGAGAUGGUGACUGAAACGUGCAAAGCUCAGGACUUGGGUGCAGAUUUGGUGGAGAUUAGAUUAGAUAGUCUGAAAGAGUUCAACCCUCUUGAGGAUUUGGAAAUAAUAAUACAGAAGUCUCCUCUGCCCACUUUAUUCACCUACAGGCCAAAAUGGGAAGGUGGUCAAUAUGAAGGUGAUGAAAAUGAGCGGCUGGAUGUGCUCCGUUUAGCCAUGGAACUUGGAGCUGAUUACGUUGAUGUUGAGCUUCAGGUUGCUGAUGAGUUCAUCAAGUCGAUUAAAGGGAAGAAGCCCGUAAAUUUCAGAGUAAUUGUUUCGUCUCAUAACUAUGAGAUUACCCCUUCCGUUGAGGAGCUCAGUGACCUUGCUGUAAGAAUACAGCAAACUGGAGCUGACAUAGUGAAAAUUGCUACUACUGCUGUGGACAUCACGGAUGUUUCUCGCAUGUUCCAUAUAACCUCAAAUGCUCAAGUUCCAACGAUUGGACUUGUGAUGGGUGAAAGAGGUCUGAUGUCUCGGAUUCUUUGCUCAAAAUUUGGUGGAUAUUUGACCUUUGGUACCUUAGAGUCUGGAAAAGUUUCUGCGCCUGGUCAACCAACGAUCAAGGAACUGUUGGAUCUUUACAACUUCAGAAGAAUUGGUCCUGACACUAAGGUGUAUGGAAUUAUUGGGAAGCCUGUCAGUCACAGCAAAUCACCUGUUGUUCACAAUCAAGCUUUCAAAUCUGUCGAUUUUAAUGGAGUAUAUGUUCACCUGUUAGUUGAUGAUCUUGCAAGCUUUCUCAAAACAUACUCAUCCUCUGAUUUCGCUGGAUUCAGCUGUACAAUCCCUCACAAAGAAGCUGCAUUGAAAUGUUGUGAUGAGGUUGAUCCAUUGGCCAAGUCUAUAGGAGCUGUGAACACUAUACUAAGGAGACAAAGCGAUGGAAAGUUGCUGGGUUAUAACACGGAUUGUAUUGGUUCCAUUUCUGCUAUUGAGGAUGGCCUUCGAAGCUCAAGUGAUCCAAGCAGUGUACCUUCUUCUUCUUCACCAUUAGCUGGUAAAACAGUGGUGGUUAUUGGUGCUGGUGGAGCAGGUAAGGCACUUGCUUAUGGUGCAAAAGAGAAGGGAGCCAAAGUUGUAAUUGCUAAUCGAACUUACGAACGAGCACUAGAACUCGCAGAAGAAAUUGGAGGCAGAGCGUUAUCUCUCGAGGAUUUAGAUAACUUCCACCCAGAAGAUGGAAUGGUAUUGGCUAACACCACGUCUAUGGGUAUGCAACCAAAUGUUGACGAGACUCCCAUUUCAAAGGAUGCAUUAAAGCACUACGCACUAGUCUUUGACGCGGUUUAUACACCAAGAAUCACACGACUGUUAAGGGAAGCAGAAGAAUGUGGAGCCAUAACAGUGUCGGGGUCAGAGAUGUUUGUCAGGCAGGCUUAUGAGCAGUUUGAGAUUUUCACCGGUUUGCCUGCUCCAAAGGAACUAUACUGGCAAAUCAUGUCAAAGUACUGAGACCUCGCUUGUGUGUGUUUUUGUGUUUGUGUAUGUGUAUCUUCUUCUUACUUCCAUGGAAACUCAAUUCCAAUAAUUUUUUAGAAAAUUGCCAUUUGUAUCUCAGAGAAAGACCUUUUGUGAGGUCAUAUCUGGUUCUUUCUGUGUAUUUUUAUAUAUAUACGAUAAAACUUGUUGAGUUGAUGAUGGAAACUAAAAAUAUUGCAUUGUGCACUGUCG